AGGGGGCUUGGGCCACGAAGGAGUCAGGAAAGGGAGCUGGGGUCGCCAGGGAUAGCCAUGUAAAGCACGUGCGGAUUUUCCCUUCCCUCCUUCCUCCGGGUGCCCCGUCUCCCUCAGCCCGUCCCCUGCCCGUUGCGCUUGGCCCGGCCCUCCAGCCUAUGGCACAAGCAUCGAGAGCAUGCGCAGGGAGAAUUGAACAGAGAGGGAGGGAGGGUGGGCGGAGGAGGGGGACGGCGCGCUACCCAGGCCAGGAUAGCGAGUGUGCCCAGUCGCAACAACAACAAGAAGACCGAUAGCAUCAGCUCCACCAUUCCAUCAAUCUCAUGUGUCUCGUUGCACAGCUUGAUAGACUCCCAGACCCACCUUCAAUUUUCGUAGUAAGGAAGAAAGACACACACACGCAGAGAAGAGAAGAAGUGCGAGAGAGACAAACACAGAGCGCGUUCUUCGUGUCGACCCCCGACCAUGUCGCUUUGCGGACCCAAUCUUGGACGGGAGGGCUAUUUCGCUUUGUCGUCUUCCCUCGUUUCCAAUGCCUUGUUAUAUUUACUCUGGCCGGUCAUGUGGGUGUAGUUUCACUCUCGGGUAGCUCGCACGCUCCUCGGGUUUGUAGCUUGGUGUUGGAACUUGCGAAGACGAAUCUGUGUUCGGGUUCGGGCUCGAGUUUGUUUGUUAGGCUGAGUUCGGCAGAUGGAUGGUGUCAUUAGGGGUCGAGUCCUGUGGAUGAGGCGUUAUUCGUUCGAUUUUGCUUUUUGUAUUUAGAUUGUUUUGAAAUAGAUUUUUGGGGAUUUUGCAAUGGUGUGAGUGUAGUGGUGUAGAAGUUUAGCGUGAUGGGUGUCUAUCCUUCAUGACGGGGUGCAACGGGAGGAAGAAGUUUUGAGGCGCAGUGACAAACACGGUGGCGAGGAGGAGUGGACGUGGGGAUUUUGCUGGAAGAAACGAGCCCCCCGAUCCGUGACGUGAAGCAAACUGUUGAUUUGGUUGUUCGGGGUGGCAGUAGUAGUGCUUAGAAAGAUAGGUAGUUUAUUAGGGAGCCAUGGCUGGAGAGCCGGUUGCUGUGGACUACAUGGGAGUCGGGGGUGCCCCCACGAGUAGCCCUGAUGGUACUGAGGAGCGAGUGCGUCUUGUGAGGCCCAUUCCUACUGUUCCUGAUAAUCGUGCGGGCAACUUUAGGAUAUCGCCUGCUCCGGAAGGUGGUCGAGACAACAGCCCAUUUGUGCAUCAUGGCCUCCGUCAGCAAGCUUGGAACAGAGUUCAGGUUGCUGCAAGAUUUCAACUGGAGAACGAAAAUUCUAACAAGGUUGUCGUUUGUCCCAAGAAGGAGAAAGAGACGACAGAUGGCCCUCUGAAUGGUCAUCCCCAGUUCUCGUCACAGUGGGAUAAUUCAGCACCUACAAGCCCGUCCCAUCAUCUUGGGAGCUCCGCAAACCGGUAUGACGCGUUUCUGCGGAUGCAUCAAUCUGAAAAGGUGACAACCACAUAUGGUAAUCAUCAAGCGUUGAAGGGUAUGCAGAACGGAGGUGGACGGACCUCGCCGUUCAGAGACGAAGCACAACGAGGUGCUCAACCGUCGGACCAUGCUACGCAGCCGCACCCACCUUCAAGGCAAGGCGGCUGUGGGGCUCCAACACCAUUUUGUGCUAGGUCGAACUCUGGGGUUGUGGAUAGUGUAGCUGCCAUGGCUGGGAAGAAGCUACCAUUUCAGCACCCAGUUCAAUCAGGAAGCCUACCCAGACCUGGUGGACUUGGUAAGCAGCCUCGCACAGCACAACUCACCAUUUUCUAUGCCGGCAUGGUUAACGUCUACGAUGAUGUACCUUUUGAUAAGGCUCAAGCUAUCACACUUUUAGCGGGCAGUAGAAACACGUGGUCUUCGAACUUCAUGAACCCUCCACAGGCUGGAAGUGCCGCUUCUGGACGUACUUUUUCUACUCCCACGGCAGUGCCUCCGUCCACACCUUCCACACCAGGGUCACCUGCUCCGCAAGCUUCCACCACUUCAGCACCCGCGCCGCCACGUCCGUCGCUAUCAGGAGUGGUGUUUUCGAAUGUCCGGCAACCUCCCAUCCACAAUUUUGAGCUGCCGCAGGCAAGGAAGGCGUCACUGGCUCGAUUUCUUGAGAAGAGAAAGGACCGAGUAAAGAAAGUUAUUGUUAAGGAAGAGGAAGAUGCAUCUCCUCCUCGUGGCAACUCUGAGGGUCCUUCAGGUGGCAAGCCACCAUCAAGGUCACCCUCACCAUCUCCGGCGGUCUCCAGGUCCAUGGACUAUUUAUCGUCUCCGGGUCGGGUUGAGCAUCAGGCAGGUACAUCCAGCUGCAGUGAGCGAAGCUCUCCUUCUAAUCCUAGACCUCCGCAAACACCUCCAAGUCAAAGUCAGUCCGAGGAGAGGAGCGCUGGGACUACGAAAAGAAGAGGUUUUGGACUUGCUCAUGAACCGAACAAGCGAGCUCGCAAUGGGAAGUCCCAGUGCAGGCUUUCUGGCGAAAGUGCAGCUGAUCACAUUGUGGAGGACGGUUCGUUCCCCCAUAGAUAGUAUUCUGUAAUUGAUUUGCGCUCAAAUCUCUUGAGUUGUAACGACUAGCUCAUCAGUUUUAGCUUGCUACCGUACUAGAAAUCCUGGAAUAUACUUGUAAAUUCAUCCCUGGUUGAGUCGCGAGAUGGUGAGGUACGAUGAAAAUUAGCAGGAACCUGGAGGUUGAGCUGGAGUUUUAGAAAGUUAGUUUCACGCCUGGCCACGUCAGUGAAAUACCAUCAUCCUGGCGUUCCGGUAUCUGUUCUGAAUCACCAGUCUCUUAGAAAUUCUUAUUCCAUUGAAAUGUAAAGAUAAUGUGAUAACACCCAAUUUUACAGGAUUUUUUUUGUUCACAAAAGAAGUAUAAUCGAGAUAAUCUUAAUGGUAA